AUGAUAUCUCCUUUAAUAAGUUUAUCAUUCAAAGACAAAAAAUUAGCCGAAGUUGAAUUAAUUCAACACGAAUUUUUUCUUAUUUUACGUGAUCAAAUUCUGAUCGAACAUUUACGUCGACGACAUAUCGAAGGAAAUCUGACUGGAAAAAUUUUAUUGAAUGUUUCCAUUUUAUUUAUGAAUCUUUAUCAUAACAUUACCGAUACGAAUGUUGCUGAAUGUGAACAUUUACUUCUUCAUUAUCCAUUGAUUGAUGAACUCGUUAAGUGUUUGAAUGAAUUGAACAAUUCUGAUAAACAUAUUAACGAUCCUAAUCUUCUUCGUUCGAUUAGUUUUCUCUUAACGGCAUUAAAACAUUUACAUGCCAAACAAAUUAUUAACGAUGAAUAUUUACUUUUAAAACCAUUAUUCUCUGCCAUUGCUCAACGUUUAACUUCAUUGAAUACAAUCACAAUGAUUCGAAAUUUAAAAAGAAAUUUUACUCAAUAUCUCGAUCAUCGCAAUAUUCUCUUUUUGGAUACAAUGCCAUUAUAUUCACAAUGGUAUUCCGAUUAUGAUGAUUUAGAAAUAUUUCUUCAAGUUUUACGAAGAUUAUUGAAAGAAUUUACCGAUUGGUUCACCAGUUGUUCACCGGAUUCCUAUCGACAUUGUACAACAAAAAUGGGAUCGAUGAUUCGUCAUUUCACUUAUUUUCUUGUUCGUCCUAUUGAAUCCGAUAAUUUAAAGAUAUUUAGUGAAGAAUUUUAUGAUGAUUAUUGUCGA